AUGCUGUUGCAGUGCAGUCUCAUCAGAAAAUCAGAAACAGCUGCGCAGAAGCGGCUGCGCAGGAACAGCUGCGCAGAAGCGGCUGCGCAGAAGCGGCUGCGCAGAAGCGGCUGCGCAGAAGCGGCUGCGCAGAAGCGGCUGCGCAGAAGCGGCUGCGCAGAAACGGCUGCGCAGAAGCGGCUGCGCAGAAGCGGCUGCGCAGAAGCGGCUGCGCAGAAGCGGCUGCGCACAAGCGGCUGCGCACAAGCGGCUGCGCAGAAGCGGCUGCGCAGAAGCGGCUGCGCAGAAGCGGCUGCGCAGAAGCGGCUGCGCAGAAGCGGCUGCGCAGAAGCGGCUGCGCAGAAGCGGCUGCGCAGAAGCGGCUGCGCAGAAGCGGCUGCGCAGAAGCGGCUGCGCAGAAGCGGCUGCGCAGAAGCGGCUGCGCAGAAGCGCCUGCGCAGAAGCGGCUGCGCAGAAGCGGCUGCGCAGAAGCGGCUGCGCAGAAACGGCUGCGCAGAAACGGCUGCGCAGAAACGGCUGCGCAGAAACGGCUGCGCAGAAACGGCUGCGCAGCAGCGGCUGCGCAGAAGCGGCUGCGCAGAAGCGGCUGCGCAGAAGCGGCUGCGCAGAAGCGGCUGCGCAGAAGCGGCUGCGCAGAAGCGGCUGCGCAGAAACAGCUGCGCAGAUGCAGCUGCGCAGAAACAGCUGCGCAGAAACAGCUGCGCAGAAACAGCUGCGCAGAAGCGGCUGCGCAGAAGCGGCUGCGCAGAAGCGGCUGCGCAGAAGCGGCUGCGCAGAAGCGGCUGCGCAGAUGCAGCUGCGCAGAAACAGCUGCGCAGAAACAGCUGCGCAGAAACAGCUGCGCAGAAACAGCUGCGCAGAAGCGGCUGCGCAGAAGCGGCUGCGCAGAAGCGGCUGCGCAGAAGCGGCUGCGCAGAAGCGGCUGCGCGGAAGCGGCUGCGCGGAAGCGGCUGCGCGGAAGCGGCUGCGCGGAAACGGCUGCGCGGAAACGGCUGCGCGGAAACGGCUGCGCGGAAGCGGCUGCGCGGAAGCGGCUGCGCGGAAGCGGCUGCGCGGAAGCGGCUGCGCGGAAGCGGCUGCGCAGAAGCGGCUGCGCAGAAGCGGCUGCGCAGAAGCGGCUGCGCAGAAGCGGCUGCGCAGAAGCGGCUGCGCAGAAACGGCUGCGCAGAAACGGCUGCGCAGAAACGGCUGCGCAGAAACGGCUGCGCAGAAACGGCUGCGCAGAAACGGCUGCGCAGAAACGGCUGCGCAGAAACGGCUGCGCAGAAGCGGCUGCGCAGAAGCAGCUGCGCAGAAGCAGCUGCGCAGAAGCAGCUGCGCAGAAGCAGCUGCGCAGAAGCAGCUGCGCAGAAGCAGCUGCGCAGAAGCAGCUGCGCAGAAGCAGCUGCGCAGAAACAGCUGCGCAGAAACAGCUGCGCAGGAACAGCUGCGCAGGAACAGCUGCGCAGGAACAGCUGCGCAGGAACAGCUGCGCAGGAACAGCUGCGCAGGAACAGCUGCGCAGGAACAGCUGCGCAGGAACAGCUGCGCAGGAACAGCUGCGCAGGAACAGCUGCGCAGGAACAGCUGCGCAGAAACAGCUGCGCUGGAACAGCUGCGCAGGAACAGCUGCGCAGGAACAGCUGCGCAGGAACAGCUGCGCAGAAACAGCUGCGCAGGAACAGCUGCGCAGGAACAGCUGCGCAGGAACAGCUGCGCAGAAACUGCUGCGCAGAAACUGCUGCGCAGAAACUGCUGCGCAGAAACAGCUGCGCAGGAACAGCUGCGCAGGAACAGCUGCGCAGGAACAGCUGCGCAGGAACAGCUGCGCAGAAACAACUGCGCAGAAACAGCUGCGCAGGAACAGCUGCGCAGAAACAGCUGCGCAGAAACAGCUGCGCAGAAACAGCUUCGCAGAAACAGCUGCGCAGAAACAGCUGCGCAGAAACAGCUGCGCAGAAACAGCUGCGCAGGAACAGCUGCGCAGAAACAGCUGCGCAGAAACAGCUGCGCAGAAACAGCUGCGCAGGAACAGCUGCGCAGGAACAGCUGCGCAGAAACAGCUGCGCAGGAACAGCUGCGCAGAAACAGCUGCGCAGAAACAGCUGCGCAGAAACAGCUGCGCAGAAACAGCUGCGCAGAAACAGCUGCGCAGAAACAGCUGCGCAGAAACAGCUGCGCAGAAACAGCUGCGCAGGAACAGCUGCGCAGAAACAGCUGCGCAGGAACAGCUGCGCAGGAACGGCUGCGCAGAAACGGCUGCGCAGAAACGGCUGCGCAGAAACGGCAGCGCAGAAACGGCUGCGCAGAAACGGCUGCGCAGAAACGGCUGCGCAGAAGCAGCUGCGCAGAAGCAGCUGCGCAGAAGCAGCUGCGCAGAAGCAGCUGCGCAGAAGCAGCUGCGCAGAAGCAGCUGCGCGGAAGCAGCUGCGCGGAAGCAGCUGCGCGGAAGCAGCUGCGCAGAAGCAGCUGCGCAGAAGCAGCUGCGCAGAAACAGCUGCGCAGAAACAGCUGCGCAGAAACAGCUGCGCAGGAACAGCUGCGCAGGAACAGCUGCGCAGGAACAGCUGCGCAGGAACAGCUGCGCAGGAACAGCUGCGCAGGAACAGCUGCGCAGGAACAGCUGCGCAGGAACAGCUGCGCAGGAACAGCUGCGCAGGAACAGCUGCGCAGGAACAGCUGCGCAGGAACAGCUGCGCAGAAACAGCUGCGCUGGAACAGCUGCGCAGGAACAGCUGCGCAGGAACAGCUGCGCAGGAACAGCUGCGCAGGAACAGCUGCGCAGAAACAGCUGCGCAGAAACAGCUGCGCAGGAACAGCUGCGCAGGAACAGCUGCGCAGGAACAGCUGCGCAGGAACAGCUGCGCAGAAACUGCUGCGCAGAAACUGCUGCGCAGAAACAGCUGCGCAGAAACAGCUGCGCAGGAACAGCUGCGCAGGAACAGCUGCGCAGGAACAGCUGCGCAGGAACAGCUGCGCAGGAACAGCUGCGCAGAAACAGCUGCGCAGGAACAGCUGCGCAGAAACAGCUGCGCAGGAACAGCUGCGCAGAAACAGCUGCGCAGGAACAGCUGCGCAGAAACAACUGCGCAGAAACAACUGCGCAGAAACAGCUGCGCAGGAACAGCUGCGCAGAAACAGCUGCGCAGAAACAGCUGCGCAGAAACAGCUUCGCAGAAACAGCUGCGCAGAAACAGCUGCGCAGGAACAGCUGCGCAGGAACAGCUGCGCAGAAACAGCUGCGCAGAAACAGCUGCGCAGGAACAGCUGCGCAGGAACAGCUGCGCAGAAACAGCUGCGCAGGAACAGCUGCGCAGAAACAGCUGCGCAGAAACAGCUGCGCAGAAACAGCUGCGCAGAAACAGCUGCGCAGAAACAGCUGCGCAGAAACAGCUGCGCAGAAACAGCUGCGCAGAAACAGCUGCGCAGGAACAGCUGCGCAGAAACAGCUGCGCAGGAACAGCUGCGCAGGAACAGCUGCGCAGGAACAGCUGCGCAGGAACAGGUGCGCAGGAACAGGUGCGCAGGAACAGGUGCGGAGGAACAGGUGCGGAGGAACAGGUGCGCAGGAACAGCUGCGCAGGAACAGGUGCGCAGGAACAGGUGCGCAGGAACAGCUGCGCAGGAACAGCUGCGCAGGAACAGCUGCGCAGGAACAGCUGCGCAGAAACUGCUGCGCAGAAACUGCUGCGCAGAAACUGCUGCGCAGAAACAGCUGCGCAGGAACAGCUGCGCAGGAACAGCUGCGCAGAAACUGCUGCGCAGAAACUGCUGCGCAGAAACUGCUGCGCAGAAACUGCUGCGCAGAAACAGCUGCGCAGGAACAGCUGCGCAGGAACAGCUGCGCAGGAACAGCUGCGCAGGAACAGCUGCGCAGAAACAGCUGCGCAGAAACAGCUGCGCAGGAACAGCUGCGCAGGAACAGCUGCGCAGGAACAGCUGCGCAGGAACAGCUGCGCAGAAACUGCUGCGCAGAAACUGCUGCGCAGAAACUGCUGCGCAGAAACAGCUGCGCAGGAACAGCUGCGCAGGAACAGCUGCGCAGGAACAGCUGCGCAGGAACAGCUGCGCAGGAACAGCUGCGCAGAAACAGCUGCGCAGAAACAGCUGCGCAGGAACAGCUGCGCAGAAACAGCUGCGCAGGAACGGCUGCGCAGGAACGGCUGCGCAGAAACGGCUGCGCAGAAACGGCUGCGCAGAAACGGCUGCGCAGAAACGGCAGCGCAGAAACGGCUGCGCAGAAACGGCUGCGCAGAAACGGCUGCGCAGAAGCAGCUGCGCAGAAGCAGCUGCGCAGAAGCAGCUGCGCAGAAGCAGCUGCUAGAAGCAGCUGCGCAGAAGCAGCUGCGCAGAAGCAGCUGCGCAGAAGCAGCUGCGCAGAAGCAGCUGCGCAGAAACAGCUGCGCAGAAACAGCUGCGCAGGAACAGCUGCGCAGGAACAGCUGCGCAGGAACAGCUGCGCAGGAACAGCUGCGCAGGAACAGCUGCGCAGGAACAGCUGCGCAGGAACAGCUGCGCAGGAACAGCUGCGCAGGAACAGCUGCGCAGGAACAGGUGCGCAGGAACAGGUGCGCAGGAACAGCUGCGCAGGAACAGCUGCGCAGGAACAGCUGCGCAGGAACAGCUGCGCAGGAACAGCUGCGCAGAAACAGCUGCGCAGAAACAGCAGCGCAGAAACAGCUGCGCAGAAACAGCCGCGCAGAAACAGCCUCGCAGAAACAGCCGCGCAGAAACAGCCGCGCAGCAACAGCCGCGCAGCAACAGCCGCGCAGGAACAGCCGCGCAGGAACAGCCGCGCAGGAACAGCCGCGCAGGAACAGCCGCGCAGGAACAGCCGCGCAGGAACAGCUGCGCAGAAACAGCUGCGCAGAAACAGCUGCGCAGGAACAGCUGCGCAGGAACAGCUGCGCAGGAUCAGCUGCGCAGAAACAGCUGCGCAGAAACAGCUGCGCAGGAACAGCUGCGCAGGAACAGCUGCGCAGGAACAGCUGCGCAGAAACAGCUGCGCAGAAACAGCUGCGCAGAAACAGCUGCGCAGAAACAGCUGCGCAGGAACAGCUGCGCAGAAACAGCUGCGCAGAAACAGCUGCGCAGAAACAGCUGCGCAGGAACAGCUGCGCAGAAACAGCUGCGCAGAAACAGCUGCGCAGAAACAGCUUCGCAGAAACAGCUGCGCAGAAACAGCUGCGCAGAAACAGCUGCGCAGAAACAGCUGCGCAGGAACAGCUGCGCAGAAACAGCUGCGCAGAAACAGCUGCGCAGAAACAGCUGCGCAGGAACAGCUGCGCAGAAACAGCUGCGCAGAAACAGCUGCGCAGGAACAGCUGCGCAGAAACGGCUGCGCAGAAACAGCUGCGCAGAAACAGCUGCGCAGAAACAGCUUCGCAGAAACAGCUGCGCAGGAACAGCUGCGCAGAAACAGCUGCGCAGAAGCAGCUGCGCAGAAACAGCUGCGCAGAAACAGCUGCGCAGAAACAGCUGCGCAGAAACAGCUGCGCAGAAACAGCUGCGCAGGAACAGCUGCGCAGAAACAGCUGCGCAGGAGCUGCUGCGCAGGAACAGCUGUGCAGGAGCAGCUGCGCAGGAACAGCUGCGCAGGAACAGCUGCGCAGGAACAGCUGCGCAGGAACAGCUGCGCAGGAACAGCUGCGCAGGAACAGGUGCGCAGGAACAGGUGCGCAGGAACAGGUGCGCAGGAACAGCUGCGCAGGAACAGCUGCGCAGGAACAGGUGCGCACGAACAGCUGCGCAGGAACAGGUGCGCAGGAACAGGUGCGCAGGAACAGGUGCGCAGGAACAGCUGCGCAGGAACAGGUGCGCAGGAACAGCUGCGCAGGAACAGCUGCGCAGGGACAGCUGCGCAGGAACAGGUGCGCAGGAACAGGUGCGCAGGAACAGCUGCGCAGUAACAGCUGCGCAGAAACAGCUGCGCAGAAACAGCCGCGCAGAAACAGCUGCGCAGAAACAGCUGCGCAGAAACAGCUGCGCAGAAACAGCUGCGCAGAAACAGCUGCGCAGAAACAGCUGCGCAGAAACAGCUGCGCAGAGACAGCUGCGCAGAGACAGCUGCGCAGAGACAGCUGCGCAGAGACAGCUGCGCAGAAACAGCUGCGCAGAAACAGCUGCGCAGAAACAGCUGCGCAGAAACAGCUGCGCAGAAACAGCUGCGCAGAAACAGCUGCGCAGAAACAGCUGCGCAGAAACAGCGGCGCAGAAACACUCUAUAGCCUCCGGUUACAGGAGCGUACCUCCAUGUUCAAUGUUUUUUGGGCAGUUGAACAUGUAAAGUUGAAUCCCGUACGCGCGUGGUAG